AUAAGUAUAUACGAAAUCAAAAUGUACAAUGUUUAUUUUGCUUAUGCACAUUGUUUGUCUUAAUGUGAACAGUUAAUCUGUGCAAAUUAAUCCAAUGAAUUAAACUGUUUGUUUUGGUGAUAUUUAAUCAAAAACUAACCAUUAGUUUCCGCUGUGGAAAGCAGUUCUUCCCUGAUGACGUCAGUUUGACGGCUUGGGUGAAAUAUGCUCAGCAAUGGCCCUCCAGCCGUUAGUUUCCUAUAUGUUGUCUUUGUCAUUCUCGCAGGUCUGUAUCGUGUGGUGGGUGGCAUUAUAUCUCCUGUCGGUGAUGGUUAUGGAAAACAGGGUCUUGUUGCUUCAAAACAUCGACUUGCUAUGGCAAGACUUGCCCUGCAGAGCUCCGACUGGGUUUCUGUAGAUGAUUGGGAAAGCCAGCAGCCAGAUUGGACAGAAACUGUGGUGACCAUGAGGUAUCACUACGCCCGUCUAGCUGCUCAGAACUGCUGCAAUAAGGGACCGCCCACAACCUCUGAUGUUCCUCAGUUGAAGCUGCUGUGCGGAGCUGAUUUCAUGGACUCGUUUAAAGCGCCUGGUCUGUGGACGCAUGAGCACAUUGAGGAGGUUGUGGGCCACUUUGGACUGGUCUGUGUAAGCCGUGGCAGCCUUCAGCCUGAUCGCGCUAUACAUGAGUCUGAUUUGUUGUCCAAGCACCGGCGGAGCAUUUUCCUGGUUCGGGAGUGGGUUCACAAUGAGAUCAGCGCCACGGAGAUCCGUCGAGCUCUGCGGAGAGGUCACAGUGUUAAAUAUCUGUUGCCAGACUCGGUCAUUGAGUACAUAAAAGAGCACAAGCUUUAUACCCAAGACAGCGAGAUGAAAAACAAAGACAUUAAACUACGACCUCUCACCAAGCAAGCGAUACAAGACUGAUCUAUUGGGAGGUCAUAGACUACUGUAGUGUUGAUUGCAGGUAAUGGUGAAAUGUGUUGUCAAAACGUAAAACUUUUUGUUUUUAGUGUUAAUUUAGAAGAUGCAAACACUAUGGAAGCUUAUUUCUGUCAUGGAAUUAAAAAAAAUCUAUCCCAUGCA